GGCAUCCUGUCAGGCGCGCAACGGGUAUAUAUAUCCCACAACUAUUUGACAUUUAAUACUUUCUGGAUUGACGCAGCUAAAGGGUUAUAGAGGUUUUCUGACUUAAGACAUUGCUCAAAGAUGCAGCAAGCAGCCACAAGGCAGAAGAAAACUAUGACGGUCAUACGCCUAAUUUUCAUAUGCAUGCUGCCACUGACUGCAAACAGCCAGAAUGACUUCAACACUGUGGCAACAGGAAAGUUGACUCCUGACCAGGUGACACCAGCGAUGUCCAACUUUACAUCCAUCAUCGCUGCCGUAACUACAAAAAAUAAUGAAACUAUGAAAACCAGUGCUACACCUUCACUGCCAGCACAUCAAACAACACCUUCUAAGACUCUCCAACCAGAUAUUCACACAGCAACUUCAACUUAUUCCAUUUUGUCUCAGUCGAGCAGCUCAACAACGGGCAGUGAAGUCACGUCAGCAACAAUGGUUGUAAGCAAUCAAACCAGCAACCCAACCACACCUACAAGGGUACCUCGAAUGUUAAGAGGCUCCACCCAAAGCCAAGAGGCAAGAAAGACGUCAACCUCCCUAUUCAUCAGCGAUAAAACCACCCGUUCCUUUACAAGUUUGACACAGUCUACAAACCACGUGUCUACUAUAAUAUCAUCUACCAAGCCCGUAUCUACACAGACACUUCCAGUCACAAGUGGUGGUGAUACACAGUCCACGGGUUUAUACAAAACCUCAAAGACCACUGCAGGGACACCAGUCAAAAGCAUCACCAAGACAAAGAAAAAACCAGAUCCUUCACAAAACAGUGCAGACAACCAAAAUAACCAUGGUAAAGUAGUGGCAGGGCUUAUAGGUGGAGCCCUGACACUCAUGAUGGCUGGACUCCUGUUCAUCUAUAUAAAGAAACGGAAGCUUCAGAAGCAGCAGAUAACAACUAGUGAAUGGGCCGGACCUUCACCAUUUUUACAGGAUGGAGCUGACAAUGGCCAAGUAUCACUGAGGUCGUCCAACCGAAUUUCUUUUACCGGCUUCCUGCCACAGAGACAAUCUAAAAGGUUGUCUUUGCUCCCGGAAGGAGAUGAGUUAGAAGAGAUUACAGCAGGUAGUACCUUUGGAGGUAAAAAUCAAGGGAGUUCAUUUGGCCGAGAGGAAGAUGGAAAUGAUGUAAAAGAAAGCAACGGGACUGCAGCACUUAAUCCGGAAAUGAAAAGCACAGGAGAUACUGCAGAGCCUGUUGAAGACUCUGUCUCAGUGACCUCCUCACAAACGAAUGAUGCGCCGUCCACCAAUGACAAGCCAGAGACUGCAAACUUUAGUGAAGACGUUUCUGCCAACCCCCCUACUCAAUCUGAAGCUGCGGAAGACUCUACAGAACAGUGAACUAAAUCCCAAAACCCCCUAAUGCAUCCAUUAUACCCCCUCAGACUUUCAUUGGUUCCCAGGCGGCUUCUACUGUGACUGUGAUGUCAGGAAUGACAUCAAGACAAGAGAGAAGUAAUGUUGAUCUACGUCAUUACUGCAAACUGUGCAAAGUCUUUUAAGAAGUUGAUAACUUGGUCUAUUGAGAUUCUGAAACCAUUAUUUCUACAAAGCUACACUGUUCCAUGAAAUAAGGCUUUAGAAUAAGUUGUAAAAGAUGUACUUCAUUUUGCUGCAUCUCUAAAUUGCUGCUCACACUUAAAAUUUAGUAAAAUUAGAAUAUGUAUAGAAAACCCCCCACAAAUUUAACAUAUUUAUGAUCUCAUUCUUUGAUAAGUAUGAUGAUUUUAACAGUAUAAGCAAAAGUAGAUAAGAUGAGAUAAGAUAUAUUAUAUACAUAUAUAUAUAUAUAUACACACACACAUAUAUACACAUACAUAUUUAAGUUUGUUUUAGCUUGAUAUAGUGUACAAAUGAUUUAUUUAAUGAAGAGGAAAUAGAAGACGUGUGAAUAUAGUAUUUUUGUAUGAAUGUAUUUUUGUAAAAAUGUCAAAUGUGUAUCUGUGUAUCUGUACUACUUGUAGUCAGUCAUGUACAGGGGCACAAUGGAAUUUGGUGUCAUAAUUUGGGGCAAACUACAUCACGAUGGAAAAACUAUAUUUUAACAUUAACUGCUUGCUUUUGUGUCAUGCUUUUUGAACAUAUUAGCUUAGACUAGUCAUAUUUUUCACAUUAUCACACAGAACAUUUAGCUAAAUGUCUGUUUUCUUGUGACUUGCCAGCAUUAGCCAACCAGCCAGCCAAGCCAAAGUGUUACUAUCAGCCUGUUAAAAGUCUAACACCUAAAGCAGGGAUGUCUUAAAUACAUCAGGCAACAAAGAAGAAGCAAUAAA